GGCACAGGCGAGCACUGCUACUACCAGGGCCGGGUUCGGGGGUGGCCCCGCUCCUUCGCAGCACUCUCCAGCUGCCGGGGGCUGCACGGGGUCUUCUCAGAUGGACGGGAUAUAUUUCUGAUUGAGCCCCAAGCAGGCACCGAGCACGUGGAGGGUGUUCAGCCACAUCUCAUCCAGCGCACCCCAAGCUGUGCCUUGCCAGGCUGCAUGCUGGGUGCCGUGGGGCAAUCUGGCUCAGGCAGCUCGGCCAGGCUGCGGCGGCAGCGGAGGCAGGUGCGUCGGGCGCAGCACACAGUGCACAGUGAGACCAAGUACAUCGAGCUGGCCGUGGUGAACGACCAUCAGCUGUUCCUACAGCUCCGCAGAUCCGUGGUGCUCACCAGCAACUUCGCCAAGUCUGUGGUCAACCUGGCUGACAUGAUCUACAAGGAGCAGCUCAACACCCGCAUCGUGCUGGUGGCCAUGGAGACGUGGGCUGCAGGGGACCGCAUCCGCAUGGAGGAGGACUCGAUGGGGACACUCAACGAGUUCAUGCGGCACCGGCGCGAGGAGCACAGCGACGCCAUCCACCUCUUCUCGGGACGCACCUUCCAGAGCAGCCGCAGCGGUACCGCCUUCGUUGGGGGUAUCUGCUCAGCUGGGCGCGCUGGUGGGGUCAACGAGUAUGGCAACAUGGCGGCCAUGGCGGUGACACUGGCGCAGACGUUGGGGCAGAAUGUGGGCAUGAUGUGGAACAAGCACCGCGCAUCAGCAGGGGACUGCCGCUGCCCUGAUGCUUGGCUGGGCUGCAUCAUGGAGGACACGGGGUACUACCUCCCACGGAAGUUCUCCCGCUGCAGCAUUGAUGAGUACAACCAAUUCCUGCAGGACGGCGGUGGCAGCUGCCUCUUCAACAAACCCCUCAAGCUCCUGGACCCACCAGAGUGCGGCAAUGGGUUUGUGGAGGCAGGAGAGGAAUGCGACUGUGGAUCGCAGACGGAGUGUGCCAGGAGCGGAGGGAACUGCUGCAAGAAGUGCACGCUGACACACGACGCCAUGUGCAGCGACGGGCUGUGCUGUAAGGGAUGCAAGUAUGAACCACGUGGUGUGUCCUGCCGGGAGGCGGUGAAUGAGUGUGACAUCCCUGAGACCUGCACUGGGGACUCCAGCCAAUGUCCCCCCAACCUCCACAAACUGGACGGGUACUUCUGUGAUAAUGAGCAGGGCCGCUGCUACGGCGGGCGCUGUAAAACCCGGGACCGGCAGUGCAACGCGUUGUGGGGCCGCGGCUCUGCGGAGCGCUUCUGCUAUGAGAAGCUCAACGUGGAGGGCACCGAGAGGGGCAACUGCGGGCGCGAGGGCGCGGGGUGGACGCAGUGCAACAAGCAGGAUGUGCUGUGCGGGUUCCUGCUGUGCGCCAACAUCUCGGGGACGCCGCGGCUGGGCGAGCUGAGCGGGGAGGUGGCCACCACCACUUUCUUCCAUCAGAACCGCUACGUGGACUGCAGGGGUGGCCACGUGCAGCUGGCGGAUGGCUCAGAGCUGAGCUAUGUGGAGGACGGCACGCCGUGCGGCCCUGCCAUGCUGUGCCUCGACCACAAAUGCCUUCCGGUCACCGCCUUCAAUUUCAGCUCCUGCCCCGGCAGCGGGGAUGGGAAGAUCUGCUUUGAGCAUGGGGUGUGCAGCAAUGAGGGGAAGUGCAUCUGUCAGCCCGAGUGGACGGGGAAGGACUGCAGCGUCUACGACCCCAUUCCUGAACCCAAACCCACGGGGGAGACGGAGCGCUACAAGGGUCCCAGUGGCACCAACAUCAUCAUUGGGUCCAUAGCGGGAGCCGUGCUGGUGGCUGCCAUCGUCCUUGGUGGCACGGGAUGGGGAUUCAAGAACAUCCGCCGCGGAAGGUACGACCCGGCGCAGCAGGGAGUGUAACCCCCCACCCCGUCGUCUCCUCGUCACCAUCACCGUCCGGCGGCAGCGGUGACCCCCCCGGGCCGGAACCGCCGCCCGUCUGUCCGUGUCACUGUCUGUCCGGCU